ACGCGGCGUUCCUCUCGUUCUCCUCCCGGCGCCUGCAGCGGAACCGCAGCGGGCGCUCCCAGGCGCAGUUCCCACGCGGCGUUCCUGUCGUUCUCCUUCCGGCGCCUGCAGCGGAACCGCAGCGGGCGCUACGAGGCGCAGUUCCCACCACCAAAAAUCGCCCCAAAAACCACCAAAAAUCACCAAAAACAUCCCCCUUUCCCCGCAGACGUGGCGUUCCUGUCGUUCUUCUUCCGGCGCCUGCAGCGGAACCGCAGCGGGCGCUACGAGGCGCAGUUCCCGUUCGUGUCGCGCUGCGGCCGCGAGCGGAAUUUCCUGCGCUGCUCCGACCUGGCCGUGGUUUUCACCGCAAUCCUGCCCGGCGGUGGCGAGUGCCGCCUGUCGUACUGCGGCGGCGGCGCCGAGCUGACGGUGCCGUUCCGGCCGGGAGCGCUGGCCGUGCUCCCCGAGAACGGGCGUCUCUACCACCCGGCGCCGGAGCGCGUCGGCGGCGUCGGGUUGGUGCGCUCGGCGUUGGCCCAGGAGUUGAGCUCGGGGUUUCGCUUCGAGGACGGGCCCCAAAAGCCCCCGACGCAUUUCUGGUGGGAAGGGACGGAGUAUCGGCUGUCCGGGGAAAUUUUGGGAAUUCUGCGGGCGGAGAAGUCGGGAUUGGAGGUUGGCGCGGCGAUUUCGACGUCCUAAAGGUCUAAAACGGCCGGGAAAUCCUAAAGAAAUCCUAAAGAAAUCCAAAUUAAAUCCUAAUGAAAUCCUAAUGAAAUCCUAAUGAAAUCCCAAAGAAAUCCUAAAGAAAUCCAAAUUAAAUCCUAAUGAAAUCCUAAUGAAAUCCUAAUGAAAUCCCAAAGAAAUCCUAAAGAAGUCCUAAUGAAAUCCUCAAGAAAUCCUAAUGAAAUCCUAAAGAAAUCUGAAUGAAAUCCUAAAGAAAUCCUCAAGAAAUCCUCAAGAAAUCCUAAUGAAAUCCUAAAGAAAUCCUAAUGAAAUCCCAAAGAAAUCCUAAAGAAAUCCUAAAGAAAUGCGAAUGAAAUCCUAAUGGAAUCCUAAAGAAAUCCCAAAGAAAUCCUAAUGAAAUCCUAAUAAAAUCCUAAACAAAUCCGAAUUAAAUCCUAAAGAAAUCCGAAUUAAAUCCUCAAGAAAUCCUAAUGAAAUCCGAAUUAAAUCCUAAUGGAAUCCUAAAGAAAUCCAAAUUAAAUCCUAAUGAAAUCCUAAAGAAAUCCUAAAGAAAUCCUAAUGGAAUCCUAAAGAAAUCCUAAUGGAAUCCUAAUGAAAUCCUAAUGAAAUCCUAAAGAAAUCCUCAAGAAAUCCUAAAGAAAUCCUAAUGAAAUCCUAAUGGAAUCCUAAUGGAAUCCUAAUGAUAUCCAAAUUAAAUCCUAAUGAAAUCCUAAUGAAAUCCUAAUGGAAUCCUAAUGAAAUCCAAAUUAAAUCCUAAUGAAAUCCUCAAGAAAUCCGAAUGAAAUCCUCAAGAAAUCCUAAAGAAAUCCUAAAGAAAUCCUAAUGAAAUCCUAAAGCAAUCCUAAAGCAAUCCUAAUGAAAUCCUAAAGAAAUCCUAAAGCAAUCCUAAUGAAAUCCUAAAGAAAUCCGAAUGAAAUCCUAAUGAAAUCCUAAAGAAAUCCGAAUGAAAUCCUCAAGAAAUCCUAAUGAAAUCCUAAAGAAAUCCUAAUGAAAUCCCAAUGAAAUCCCAAUAAAAUCCCAAUAAAACAACUCCCUCCUGUGUUG